GAACCCUACAUGCGGCCCCUCGGCUCGUUAUUACAAGCCGCGCUUGGUGGACGGUGUUUUCCGUCAACCGGCGUAUCAAGUCAGUGGGGGGUUAGUGGCAUGCAGUGCUGGAAAUGAGGCAUGUACACGCACCCGAUCGAGCACGGCGUCAAACGAAAGGCAGGCCGGAGAGAGACUGGGACAGCAGAACGCUUCAUCGCAGAUUGGGUCCAGGGCGCGCGCUGCCUUCAUGUUCAGCCAUGGUCUGCGUGUACAGCAGCACCGUUCUGCUGCUUUCAAUAUGGGUCCUACUUCUGUGCCAGGGUUUUGCGGUCGCCGAGAUGGUCGGUUGGCCAGCUAUGAAGAGGAAGCCCCGACCUGACGCCGGGCAGAGAAAGGAAAAAAAGAACCCGCCCAAUAUCGUCUUCAUCCUAGUGGAUGAUUUAGGCUUCAACGAUGUGGGUUACCACGGUGAGGGCGGGGCCCUGCUGCGAACCCCUAACAUCGACCGGCUGGCACUGGAGGGGGUCCGGCUUGAGAACUACUACGUGCAGCCUAGCUGCACCCCUACACGAAGCCAGCUAAUGACGGGCAGGUAUCAGAUCCACACGGGCAUGCAGCACGACAACCUCGUGCAGACGUCGCCCCACUGCCUGCCCCCUCACGAGUUCACCCUGGCGCAAGCUCUGAAGGCGGCCGGCUACUCCACCCAUGGCGUAGGCAAGUGGCAUCUGGGGUUCUGCCGUCAAGAGUGCUUGCCGACAAAAAGGGGCUUCGAUUCCUACUUAGGGGUUGUCCUGGGACAGAGUAACCAUUUCAACUACAAGAAGCGGGCCGGCAGUGCUCUGUACUUCAACGAGACACCUGUGAAGCCAAAAAUCCAGAAAUACUCCACAACGCUAUACACGGAACGAGCGGAGGAGGUCAUUGGGUACCACACAGGCUCGUCAAAGCCUCCGCUGUUCCUGUACGUGUCCUAUCAGAGCCAGCACACGCCCCUCCAGGUGCCCCAUGACUACCUGCCGGAGCACUCACAGAGGAUAGCUGACACCAAGCGGCAGAAGUACGCCGCCAUGUUGAGUGUCGUCGACGAGGGCGUGCAGAACAUCACAAGGGCCCUGCAAGUCCACGGCCUGUGGGAAAACACCCUUCUCAUCUUCUCCACCGAUAACGGAGGUCGACCUCGUGCUGGCGGCAUCAACUGGCCGCUGCGUGGAGAAAAGUCCUCCCUCUGGGAGGGGGGUGUACGCGGCGUAGCUUUCGUGGCUGGUCCGAUCCUACCCAAAUCAGUACGUGGCACGGUGAAUAGAGAACUGUAUCACGUUAGCGACUGGUUCCCGACUCUUGUGAGAGGCUUGGCAGGAAGCCGAAUGACGUAUGUUAUGCCGUUGGAUGGGGUGAAUGUAUGGCGAUCGUUAAGCCAGGGUAAGCCGUCACCGCGCAAAGAACUCCUUCACAAUAUCGAUCCCUUACACAAGCCUGCCAAAUGGACGAAUACAGACGAACGGGUGUGGGGAAGACUAGACUCGCUGCCCUUUAAUGCAACAAUCAGAGCUGCGAUCAGAGUUGGCAACUGGAAGCUUGUCACUGGCGAUGCAGGUGCUUCAAUAUGGACACCGCCACCAGAGUCCGGCGAUGAUGUCUGGAAGUUCGUUGAGGACGCCAGCCUCCAAACGUGCAUCAGGCUGUUCAACGUGCGCAGGGACCCCAUCGAGCGUGUCGACGUGGCGGCCAGCAAUCCGCGCGUGGUCGGCCGGCUCCUGCGGCGACUAGCUGAGCUGCAGGCCUCCGCGGUGCCCGCCAUCAACCACUACGCCACCGUGAAAUUUCCCAGCAACUCCACCCAGACUGGGAAACGCCAGCCCGCCAUGCCCAUCCCCCUGGUCCACGUGACCGGUGUUUGGACGACGUGGAUGGACGAUUCCACAACAGUUUGGAGGUAUCCGUCACUUUGAAACUUGUUUUCACGGUGAAUUCUUGACAACUAUUACUGGCUGUCUGUUUUUACAACCACUGACAUCGUAGUUUGACCUUGAUAAUACUGUUUGUGCCGAAGUUUGCCCAUGUGUAUUUCAUUCAUGAAACCAUAGUAUGAAAAGGCGCCAUACUCCCCAACUGUUGUGGAGGAAAGCGUGGAAGGCUUGAAACCCCCAUUUUUCCUAUACUGACGACACAAUUGUCACUCGUGUGGACACAGCCUUUGUUCUCGUCGGCACAGCGGUGUACACGAGUCCACAGCUUCGCAAUGACAGAUUGUUCUAGUCGACAAGCGCUCGUAACUCCAAUCUCCAGCUGUCGACAAAUAAAAAAAGAGUUUGGUUUUGCAUUUAGUCGGGGACCUAAACAAUAGAGAACAAUAGGGUCCCUGAUUCACUGAGGGUCCUUGAUUGUCGGUUGUGUACAAAACAUAGGGCCUAUGGGAGGAUUUUUAAACAAGGUGAAGUAUGAACAAAACAGGAACAAUAGGAGGUCCCCAAGUGUAGGCAAAAUAAAAACCGUUUUGGUGUGUGCGUCGAAGUAUACUCAAAUCUUGUGCCUUAUGGGGACUCUUGGAGAGCCAAAGCAGUAGGUUGAAAAAGUUCCCAUAAGGGAAAUGAAUUUACAGGGAUUUCAAGAAACUGACUGCUCUAAAAGGAGACGGUUUUAGUUAAUGUGUGAUUGUUGGUCUCAAAUUGAAGUAUCUUGCAAAAUGGGCACCAUUUGAGAUUUUAACAAGAAACUAGAAAGACCCACUAGUACACUAGAAGAAAGCAUCGUCUUCACGAGAGUAAAAAUUUGAGUAUACAUGCGUUUGUUGUUUUCAAAGUUUGCCUUUGUUUACUUAGCUUUGUUUUGUUUUUAGCCGUGCAGUGCAUGUCUUACUGUAUUUGAUGCCUUCAGCGCAUUGGUUUAACCAUGUUUAGUGUGUCGUCAGACUUGAAUGUAAGGUUUCUUUAAGGCGUCUGUGCUUCCUUUUAGAACCAAAAGUCGAAACGUUUCUGAAUAAGUGUCUCUGAUUCAGAUCCGGAUUGAAGACACAGCUUCCGAAAUGACGCCGUCAGGCCUAAUCCGUGGCGGAAAUCCCGAGGGGCUGGUCUCGCUGGCAGCACCGUCAGUAGACUGGGUACCAUUCCUAUAUCUAGCACGAGAUGUUGGAGCUGUUGUCUUUGUUUUGCUCUGCAAUUGGACAUGUUUCUUUUGGUUGCUGCAACAUGAGAGAUCCCAUGAAAUUCACCGUCGAUUGUUUGAAUCUACAAUAGGCUUUAGAGUUACGAUCGUCAUUUCAAAGACAUUAUUGUCAUUUUAGUGAUCCUAUAUUCUCUAAAGGCAAAAGAUGAAAAACUCUAUCUAAAAAGAAUGACUUCCUCAUAAACCGCCAUGUUGUUCCAAAUAAUAAAUCCCACAGUGAAAUGAAUUAAAAUACUCCAAAAGAGUGAAAACUACUGCAACAGGAUAGAAAUAACUAAUAAAAGAGGAGCCAUUGAAACAAGUCUUUUCGAGUUAUCCCUGUUAUGGCUCCUUCGAAGAGUGGAAAAUCCACUAAUUGCAGGUUUCUUUUUUUACUGUUCGAGUGGAAGGAACUCAUACGUUUUAAGAUUGAGUUUUUCACUCUUCCAUAUUUAGAGAGAUUGCAUUAUUUGCUUGGUGAAUUUCAGUUCAUGUUGUUUCCGUAUUUGAAUGGUCUUAUGUUUAUUUAUACUUCUUGAAAACUGUUCAUGACGAUCAGUAAACGACAUAGAAUGCGUAAUAAAUUCUACUUUGACAAAUUA